AGCAAGCAGUUCAGUUCGUUACUCGACAAGAAAGCCCAAAAUGAGCAUCAUGAGUUUCGCCUCUCCGCAGUACAUUUAUCGCGUCGGCUUUGCUUCUCAAACUUCAUCAAAUCUCUCGAGAAUCUUCAGCUACGCAUUCUUCGCCCGCCGUCGAAGAAGAUUUAAUGCAGUUUCGCUCUCUGUAACUCCAAAGUCAGAUGAAGAGCUGCUGCUGGUGGUGGGUGGCGGAGCUGCCGGAAUGUACGGCGCAAUUAACGCCAAGACGGUUGCGCCGAAUCUUAAAGUCGUUGUAAUUGAGAAAGCGAAGCCCUUAUCCAAGGUGAAAAUUUCUGGAGGAGGCCGCUGUAACGUGACAAAUGGGCAUUAUGCUGAUCAUAUGCUUUUGGCAGACAACUAUCCAAGGGGCAACAAGGAACUGAGAGGCUCAUUUUUCACUGUCCAUGGUCCAAUGGAUACUAUGUCUUGGUUCUCCAACAAUGGAGUGGAGCUGAAAAUUGAGGAAGAUGGAAGGGUAUUUCCAGUAAGCAAUAGUUCGUCUUCCAUUAUUGAUUGCCUCAUGUCUGAAGCAAAGAAGAGGGGAGUCUCACUGCAGACUGGAAAAACUGUCACAAGUGUAUCUCACAUUACUGGUGGGAAGUUCACUGUCAAGCUAGAGAAACGUUCUAUUGACCAUGUUGAGUAUGUGGAAGCAGACUAUCUAUUGAUUGCUAGUGGUAGUAGUCAGCAGGGUUAUGAUCUUGCCACUCAACUUGGACAUUCUAUCGUAAAACCUGUUCCCAGCUUAUUCACUUUCAAGAUUGAUGAUUUGCAGUUAAUAGAGUUAUCUGGGGUCACAUUUCCUAAAGUGAAAGCAAAACUGAAGUUAGAAGCCCUUCAGAAGAAUGUCCCACAGCUUACACAGGUUGGUCCCAUGUUAGUGACACAUUGGGGACUUAGUGGACCGGUGAUUCUUCGGUUAUCUGCUUGGGGAGCACGUUAUCUUGCAAGUUCAGAUUAUAAGGGAACACUGUUGGUGGAUUUUGCUCCUGAUCAUCAUAUUGACGAUUUGAAGUCUGUACUCAUUAAGCACAAGAAUCAGUUUGCGAGACAAAAGUUGCUCAACUCUUGUCCAAUGGCGCUUGGCCUUGUCAAGAGAUUUUGGAAGUAUAUAUUAGACCGUGAGGGACUAGAUGGAGAUAUCUUGUGGUCUUCCAUUUCCAACAAUUUGUUGAUGUCCAUUGUGUUUACUUUAAAGCAUUGUUCCUUUACUGUGAAGGGAAAGGGACAAUUUAAGGAUGAAUUUGUCACCGCUGGAGGAGUUCCAUUGUCGGAGAUUUACUUGAAUACAAUGCAGAGCAGGAUCCAUCCAUGUCUAUAUUUUGCUGGAGAGGUACUAAAUGUUGAUGGUAUAACUGGAGGGUUUAAUUUUCAGAAUGCUUGGUCAGGUGGAUAUAUUGCAGGAACAAGCAUUGGCAACCAAUCUAUAGCCAAUAUAGAAGGAAAAUAUGUUUGUGAAAGCAUGCUUGGUGACAAGAGUUAAGGACAAUAUUGCCUUAAUCUCAUAUGAUACGAGUUAAACUCUCAUAUGAUUCUUCAGUGCACCUGUAAGGUGUGGUCCUGUGAGCAAAGGUUUUGUUUCUGUUCUCUUUGUUGUAAGUGGGAUUUGUUGCAUUUUCUUUGACAUUGACUUUGUAUGUUUUGUUAUGUCUUAUUAUGUGCUCUGAUUAAGUAAGUUGCAUGACCAAUCAGAUGAAGGGCGUUGCUGACCUUGCUUUGUGGCAAUCCCUGUCGACGAUCAAUAAGUAAUCAGUAUAGCAUAAUGAAGACUUUAUGUCAAUUAACAGGAAAUCGGAUUACAUUUUAUAUUCUUCUCAGUUCUCACUUUAUGUGUCAUACCCAUUUCCCAUUGGCUGUGUACGAGUAAUGAAUUACUAAAGCAACACUAUUAACUUAAGAACAAGUUGGAUUUGUAUAGUGAUGUUUGCAAAUAGGACUACUUAUCUUGUAGGGUGCACAAAGUGCUAAGUACAGCCAAUGUAAAGCUGAGAUCUCAUGCGUGGCACAUGAACUUGUAAAGUAUUAAACAAUAAUAUAUAUCUUACAUAAACUUGACUUUUCUAA